AUGUUUUCUCCGCGUUUACCAACUGUGAUUUCCAAUGGCUUCCAACUUCUCCGUCGUGAUGAGCUCAGCUUCUUCAUCGUCUCCCCUCAGCUGCUAUCACAAGGUAAAUCGUCUUCAUCUCUUUGGAUUUUGAAUUUGACGGUGGAUCCGCCGCCUCUUCCAGAUCCGCCGACUCCUCCGGAUAUGCACCCUUUCGGUCAGUUACUAGCCACCCGUGAGGCAUCCUGUAGAUCCGUCGGUUUACCUUUUGUUGGUAUCGAGCCCACAACACCGAAGACUUUUCCCAGCGAGAUAUGUCUCGAUCAUCAGACAUGGGAUUCCGGCAAGAUGCUUCUCUGA